CAAAAUAGAGACACGUUCAAAACACGCGGUGUGCAGAUGUUCAUAAAGAAUAAUAAACGCAGCAAACCAGAAGAGGGCUCUGUUGCAAAUUCAAAUUAUUGACAGCGAAAGUAGAGCUGCCGCAACCCGAAGAUAGGUGGAAACUGGAAAUAGUGGUAUAAUGAAGCGACGAGUGCGUGUUGGUGGUGAAGAUGUGCUAAAUGCACGAGAUCGUCUCAAGGGAGCCCUGCAGGAAGUUUUAGAACAUAGUGACGAGUCUUCAGUAUCAAGCCAGGAUGAAGGAAUUCAGUCAGACUCCUUUGCUCGAGUCAGUGUCCCAGUCAAGAAACCAACAGUGGAAGCCAUUAACAGAUCUCGGACACAGCGCAAGCGACGUCGUCGGGAAACCAUUAAAGAAGGGGAUUUCCAUCACACUUACGUGAUGAAGCUGUUUGAUAGAAGCGUUGACCUGGCCCAGUUCAAGGAGGAUGCUCCAUUGUACCCAGUGUGCCGUGCCUGGAUGGCUAAUCAGCCACAUAACACAAACCUUGUACCAAAGAUGCGAACACCUACGCCAGAACCACCUUCGGAGGACGUAAUGGAACAAAAUGCAAAGGAUCCUGUACGCAACAUGUACAAGAUGCCUCCUCCAGAACCCCUGCAGUUAGACCAAAAGAACUAUCAAGUCAACAUUCGAAUACCAUCACCGUUACCCAGGGAAUGUACAGAGGAUAUUAUCCUUGAUUAUGACAUACAGCCUGCUGUGCCAAAGGAGAUGCUAUUGCAAGAACAUCUAACUCGCUGGACAGCUGUAAGAAAAAAAUGGAUUGGUGCUGCUCAAUAUAAUGAAAGUCGAUAUGGUGAUAGUGGCAGUAUUCUCAGAGCAAUAUUCAAAAGGGCCCAGAAUCUCUGAGAUGAAAGGGAGGACAUGGACUGUACAAAGAAAAAUAUGUUGAUGCAUAACCUGAAGUACCAGUCAUCCUGAUUUUCAUAUGGAGGAACAAAGGACACAUUUAAAGCAACAUGAUGCACACAGAACUGUUACCCUAUCCUUGUGUACGCUUUGUAACGUGUGAAGAAGAAAAAAAAGAAGAAAAAAACUGUGGUUAAGGAAAAUACACACACACACACACACACACACACACACACACACACACACACAGUAAGCAUCCAUAGUUGCUAAGUAAGCUUCAGGCAGUCCAUGUUCAGAACUCAUCAUUUUUUGCGCCUUUCUGAUGUUUAACAUCUCUUCUACUCACUGAAUAAUGAUCAGUACUCAUAUCAAUACUAUAUUCCAUUCUACUUUUUUCAACAACUUAUGAAAAUAUUUCUUUGAGGAUUGUUCUUUCUCCACUGGUGAAAUACUAAUUCUUUGAUCUCCAAAUAUUUAAUACAGCUGAAACUGACACACCUCUAAAUUAUUUCCCUCACAAGAUUAAAUUUUUGUAGAAUUUAUAUGAUCAGUGGACUGUGUAAAAUACGUAAUUUAAUAGUAAUUGUUGUAUAUGUUUGUACCUUACGGUGUGUGAUGAAACAAGAAUGUAGAAUACUGUCAGAAAUUUGAGUGACUGCCAAACAGUAACAUCUAACAUGUUAAUUGUGUUCAGAUAGAACUCAAAAUUUUGUUCAGAUGGUAUAAAUAUAUUUGAAAUUUAAAAAGUU